AUGGGAGGUGGGGGGAUGCACAAGACGCACAAGAACAACAACAUUAGUAACAAAUCACCAUCUGGUUCAUGGAGUAUGUCAUCUUCCUCAAGAAUAGAUUCAAAUCGAUCCACAAUUCCAGUACCUGAUUGUAACUGUGGCUUGAGGACAACCAUGUUUAAGGCAAACACGACAAAGAAUCCUGGGAGACCAUUCUACACAUGUCCAUUUCACAAGAAUGAUCCUCGAAAUUGUGGGUAUUUUAUUUGGUUUGAUGAAUGGGAAGAAAUCCUUGGGGCAGAAGAAGUUGUAAAUGCAGAGGAGAAAAAUUUAGGUAGAAAUGGUGGAAGAGAGCCUGUAAAUGAAAGACUACUUGAUGGGAGAGAGGUUGGCAAGGGAAAUGCAAUUGAUGCAAAAUGGAAGACAAGACUCAACUCUAAAUUGGAACUUAUGGCUAUUGAUUUAAGGAUGCUGAAGUACUUGGUCUUUGCAUCUAUUAUCAUGCAAUUCUUCAACAUAAUGCAAAACAAGUGA